AUGUUCAUGUGUCAUAAUUGUAUUAAACAGUUUUUAAUCGCAUUACUCUCGUUAAUACUAGUAGAAUCAGCGAUAAAAGAUGCAAGAUUUGAUCAUUCAUCGGCGAUAAUAAAAGACCGACUAUACAUAUUAGGAGGGUCUACUACUCCUGAUCUAUCACAUGCAUCAAGUGAUAUAUUUUAUUUAGACUUGAAAAAUUCAUUUAAUACAUUCAGUCCAACAUGGAUAGGAAUAACGAUCAACUUGGUAAAUGAAUUAACAUUGGCAAGCGCAACGACCUCAAAGGAUUAUAUAAUAUUAUUUGGUGGGGAAUCAAAUGGAGUGAAAAAUAAUCCUAUAAAUGUUUUUGAUGUAAGUGUACAACAAUGGAUAAACCCAACCAUAAGAGGAGAGGAACCGGGUAGUAGAAUCGGUGUGGAUAUCGUUUCUGGCGAAGGUAAUAAGGUCUAUAUCUAUGGCGGGAACAAAUAUUCUGAUUCGGGUCAAUACAUAUGGUUUGAGGAAUUGCGUAUAUUGAACGCAUUGGAUUUUAGUUGGGAACCAAUGAUACCUGGAGAACCAAGAGCUCUUUAUACAUCUGUCUUGUUACAUGGAGGGGUGAUUGCUUUUAUUGGUGGUUAUGUCCGAAAGUUAGAGAAUGGUCAAUUUUCAAGGAGUUUAGUUGAAAUGAACGAGAUUACACUAUUUAAUACAUUUGAAGCUAAAUGGUACAAGGAGAUAGCGGGUGGAGAGAUAAUAGAAAAGAGGCAUAGUCAUUCAGCGGUAAUAACAUCGGAUGGAAGAAUCAUAAUAUAUGGGGGAUCGUCCGAUACCCUUAGAAUGGUAAUGCCAGUGUUGGCUGUGUUGAAAACAGAAUCAUUUGAAUGGUCAGUACCUGUUCAAAUGUUCGGACCGGACCUUCCUCCUCCAUUAACACGUCACACCGCUGACCUUUACAUGAAUUACAUGAUCGUUGCUUUUGACACAAAUAAUUAUCAAUGGAUCACCUCAUAUUCUUAUUCAAAUGCUUCAACAUCAACGAUACCUCCACAACGCAAAAGUGAUAUUUCGGCUGGAUUAAUAGUUGGAGUGGUUAGUGCAGGAAUAGCAUUUACAAUCAUAAUAAUUAUAGCGGGUGUAUUUAUACAUCGAAAAAUUUGGAAUCGGAGUGAUGGUGUGAUUCCUACCCCUGGGAGUAACGAAUAUGGAAAUACUGCUAUUAGAAAUAGUAUUGUUACAGUCGAUGAUAGCAAUAUUGAUAUUAAUAAUAUUAAUAGGUAUAGCGUUGCCACUGAUGCUUCUGCUUCACAAGUUUCAAAUUUUAGAAUGAGUCGUCCUAUCUCUACUGUUUAUAUUCCCAAUACCUCUCCUCACCCUUCACGCGUUUCGUAUCGUCAAUAUAAUUAA